CAAACUUGGUAAGAAGUGAAGUGACCUGUUUUUUGAAUUGGGAGAGCACAAAUCAUAUUUUAUAAUUAUUUGAGAUGUCUGAAGAGGCUUUUGUGAUUCGCCGGAUAUUGGAGCCUCAUUCGGUGUCGACACGUCGUCCUUUUCCCGCUUCGACCACAGAAUCGUUGGACGACGCUGUAGCUUCUUCGGACUGUGAUACCUACAUUGUGGGAAGGAUAUCGUUAGAUGGCCGUUUGAGUUGGCAAGCUAGAGGAAAUCGUUUAGAAGUAAUCAGCAACGAAACGUCGUCGAGAGUGGCGGCUUGGAGGUUCUGCGCAGAACUCAGUGGAAGCGUGGACGUGUGCGUGCGGGCUGCGUGUGAGUUUCAAAUGGAACGAGACUCUAUCCUAGCGGUUGCCGUUGAAAUUGGACAAGCCAGCUCUCAGAUAUGCUUAUUUGAUCCGACGGUGUCAAGAGUGAUUAAGGCCAUUAGUUGUGCGCAUGUUGUUACCUGUUUGGAGCCGGUUUCGACGUUUGAGAAAGGCGUAAAUGUUUCUAAAGUGUUGAAUGACGCCCUACAAUGCUUUACAGGCGUCCUGGCCGUAGGAACAGAGAGUGGAAGGGUUUUCUUGAUCGACUUGAGAUUGGAUGAUGAACAGGAGGUUUUUACUGAAAGGCUGCCAAGCCCACUGAAGGUGGCUAGGGAACUGGAUGACAUGAUGCAACAACGAGUAAAUGCUGAGGAAAGCGGCAGGCAUUUGUGCAUUGAACUGGGAGGAGAAUAUCAUUCUAACAAGAAGUUUUAUUUCGCUCUUCUCGAUGGCCAGUUCAAGACUAUUGAUCCUGAAACCGUGUCAGUGACUGCCAUGAAGUGUAUUCACAACAUCGGCUGUCUUGCUGUCGGAUUCAGUUUUGGUUCAUAUCAACUGUGGCACCUUGAUGAUCUACAAAUAAUCUGCUCGUUUACUGAAGACAUAUUGGCAUCACCUGUUACACACUUCGUCUAUCAAGAACCUGAGAAUGAUCCUAGAAAGUUUUGUUAUCUUUGGGUGGGACGUGGAGCCGUACAGUCAACACUGAGGUCUGAUGACUUGGGAUCGUUGUGUAUGUAUCACUUGAUGUUUCUUGACAAGAAGGAAGUUGAUGGAUAUGGAUAUGUGUAUCAAGGACUACAGAAUGUUGGUCCUCGAUUUUUUUAUCAUUUGGGGACAGACCCACUUUCAUCAGCUCCGCAUUUUGCCAGAGGGAGUCGGAUUAUUUCUUGUGGUUGCAUAGGGGAGAGGAGCUUUCGUGAUGGUUGUUCUAGUGAAAAUGAUGGGCAUGAAACAGAAGCUGUACAUGAUCGAAGGGGCAAUCUGAUGUAUGUUGUUUGGGAGAAUGUCCAGAGCAGUAAUGAUUUGUGCUGCUACUUUGGACUCUUUGAUCUGGAUCGUUGGUAUCACAGUCAAAUGCCGGGAGGCUUCAAAGUUGGAGGAAACUGCCCUGAAAAGGGAUGCUCUUUCUUUACUAUGUACACGCUGUUAUCAGUCCUGGCUGUUUGUGAACCAGACCAGCUAAUCGAUGUGUGGGUAGACUCAAUGAGUAUAACUGGCUUUUUGCAUGUUGGAGAUAAUGUUCCUGAAGAGAUGCUGCUGCCAUCUGCUGUCAAUCUCGAUGCUGUGUGCUUUGCUGAAGCUAGUACAGUAAAUGUAAAGAUUCGUGGCAUUCAACAGAGAGUAUUAAAUGAAUUAAAUCGGUGUGGACCAACUGUGUUGUCUAAUCCAUCACACAUUUUCUCUUACUGCUGGAUGAGUGGACUCUUUCCAAAAACAGGAGAUAGGAGCAAAUGGCAGGACAGAGUGUUUCUGUGUGAGAGUUUGUUGUCGAUUUUGUUGGAUCACAAUGAGCUAUCGUUUCUUACCCAAUGUGUGGAGACUCUUGCAUCUGCCGAUUACGGGCAAAGUGGCUUCAGUUUGAGGUACUUUCUUCAUUGGUGUGUUCAAAAGGUUCACGAUAUCAAGUCGCAGUCAGACAAUACUUGCAUGUGUCUAUUCAAUGGUCGUUGUAUGGUGAUUUAUCAGCAGCUAGAGCAACGCCUGUGUUACUUUUCUGCACAAUUUGACCAUCUGAAAGUUUUGUUUGAAGCAUUGUGCAGUUAUUCAGCUCCAACUACUCAACAAGGAUUAAAAGAUCUCCAAAGUCAGUUUACUGCAGUGACAUUUGUGAAACAGAGGUUUGACACUAUAAUGUGGCUGAUAUCUGUCAAGUGUCUGCCCGAACUGUCUGAAGAUCGUUUGCCGUCUGAAGGUGUUUUUCAAUAUCCGUACAGGAAACUCACUGAGCUGUAUGACAAUUUGAGAAAUGGCUUAAGUGAUUCGAAUGGUCUUCUUAUAGACCACCUGGUAUCUAAGGUAGAUUCUAAUGGUGUGAAUAGACUUUGGAGCACUGAAUUUGGUGGAAAUGGCCACUAUCCACCACCCAGUCUCUACGCUCUACUGAACAUCUAUAAUGUUGAAGCUGCUUCCUAUGCUUUGAAGCUUUCUAUUGUUUACUACUUGCUUCUUGACUUGUCAAGCUUAGCAAACGAAACAGACUUUGAAUGGACAAUUGCCGAGAGGUUUGUCACAGCCUUUUCACUUAGGGAAUCUGUAUGGAGAACUGUGAGGGGACUGUGGUUGCUGGACCAUGGAGAUUAUAAGUCUGCUGUUUGGGAUCUGAUCCACCCGUCUGUAGUUGAACAGUUGUUUCCGUCACUAACAAAUGCUGUUGUUGAAGUACUUGUGAAUAAUGGUCAAUAUGAACUUGCCGGACAGUAUUUGACUACAAUGCAACAUUCUGUUGAUGGAUUAGAUGAUAUCAAGCUUCAUAUGAGCAUUCUCUUGGCUAAUGGGUUAGUUGCAGAUGCAUAUGAAUAUCAACAUCAGUUCACUGACAAAGACACAUCUGCAGAACUUCUAAAAUGUUUUGUCGACUGCUGUCUGAAAUGUAAAAGCAUGGACAAGUUGCUACAACUUCCGUUCUCACCUUUAGAAGAGGCAGCGUUGGAAACUUGUUUGAAGACAUCGGGUAAACCUGAGCACUUGGAACUAUUGGUGAUGCAUUAUCUGCAGCGAGGUCGUCAUGUUGAAGCCAUUCGUUUGAACGAGGAGAUCAAUGAAGGUUUGGAUCCUAGAGAUGGUAUCAAUAGAAACGCUAUCGUUUCUGGUUACAAGAGAACUUUGCCACUUGUUCAAAGUGUAAUCGCUAGCACAAAUUUGAAACUUUCCAAAUAUCCGGACAUCAUCCAAUAUUCAAAGCCCACUCCAUUGUCUGUUGUAAUUCGACCUGGACGAACUGAUGGGAAAGUUUUGACGCAGGCAGGUGUGGUUGCAGCCGUGUUUGACAAAAUUGAAGAAGCAAGGGCACAAAUACCUGAGCCAGUAACACCAUUAAGACGAGAAAAUAUAGGAGUUGAGCACAGCAAUUAUACACCAUUUACAGGAACACCACUCUCUGCCAGGUCUCAGCUUCGAUCAAAUUUCAAACCUGCCACACCAGUUGUUUUUCCUUCAGAAAUGAUAGAAAAUGAGUCUGUGUCUCUUUUCUCGCCUUCUCCAUUUCAACCAAAGCAGUUUGGCUCAUUGGGUGGUGCUAGAAGAUUGCAUAACCUGAAGGAAAGAAUCCUUGCGAGUAUGAUCAAAUCACCUGAUAGACUCAGUGAGCCGCAAUCUCUUCUUACCACUCCAACAUUAAAGGUUCCUUCACCAUUAGCCACAAGUUCUGAUGCAUUGGCUACACCACAAUCAAUAUUGAAAAUUCGCAGAUCUGCUCUUGGUGAUGUGGAGCCUGAAACAAGCACACGAGAGAAGAAGCAGUUGUCUUUUAAACUAAGUCCACAUGAAGAUUCAGUUUCACAGAUUUCUCCAUAUUCUUCAUCUAGUCCUAGACAAACUAGGUUUACUCUAGUCUCGCCUAAAACUGGUCAGUCUACAAGAGAUAAUAGUACCACUCAAGAUAAUUCCGUUUUUUCAACCCCAAAUAGUCAAGAGGAUUCGGACCUUGAAGUAUCAUUCAAGCCAAGAGCUGCAACUCCUCAUUCAUCUGUCAGAACCAAAAGUUGUAGUAGCACCGCAACUGUGCCUGAUACUCAGUCAGAUGACGAUACCGACAGCAAAAUGGGCGACCGUUCGCCCAGUCGGGUGAAAUUUUUAGAAAAUACGGUAGAAAACGCUGGUGUUAGCCCCAGCGGUGCUCGUGGAGCGAGUCCUAGUGUCUCGUUGCCAUCUUCCCCGGAUGAGAGACGGAGAAAGUUGAAGGAGCUAAAACAGCGCACCGAGAAGAUGAUGGAAGGAGUCCGUAGCAGUCCACCAGCCAGACAAUCGCGAAGAGAAAACGGCAUUGAAAGUAUGGAGAUCUAUACUAAAUCUGGUGUUAACAUUUCAACUUUACAGGACCAGGAUGAAGAUUCGUUUCAAUCGGCUGUAUCGGACUUGCAGUCUCCGGCUGAAUCGUUUGCCGACGCUUCUUGUUUUACUCCGCCUCCGUCGCCUCGAGCGACCACGGCGGUCACGCCUUCACCAUUGGAAUUAGAACCAACUGCUAAACAGAAUGCCGAAGAGCAGCACCCAUCACCUCACGUAGCUUCGAAUCGUUCAGUCGCAGCUGAGCCGUCGUUGUCCACGCCGUCUCAACUGUCGUUGUCCGUGGACGCGCACGUUCACAAGAGGCUGGAAGUUGGUACCUCAAGCGCGGAUUCCGCUUCACAGUCUCAGGCGUUACAGUCAGUGCUGGCAACUAGUCCUUUUCGAACGCCGUGUAGAGGCAAUUUUUCUGUAUCAAAAAGUCCUCAGGGAUUUAGGGAAAAUACCGUUCGUUCUUCGUACACUUUCUCGAAACCUACCGUUCUAAGUUCUAGCGUUACUGCGUCUCAGUUGGACGACGAAGAUGCGAAUACAGAGAUCGGCUUUGCUACAAGUCAGACGCCACAGUUUACGUUUUCUCCCCCAUUGACACGGUCGGCUAGCCGCCGGCAGAGUACGGAGCGUGAACCGAUGCAAGGAAGAACGGUCACUCCACAAAUAACUGAAGAUAGUGUAGUGUUGCCGGUACAGGCGCCUGGGUCACCGCUGAAGGAAAAGAAGGAAGAAGAAAGAACGAUGUCGUCGUCAACAAUCGUUGCUUCUCUACGCAGGUCGCGAAGGCUUCAGGGAGCGUCUCCUCAUAUUUCGCCGUCGCACACACCAUUGCGACUGUUUCCCGUGGAUUCUCAAGAUGCUGUCUCGAAACCAAGAGCAAAGUCAAGUAGUGCGAAACCACGUGCACAAGCUGGGCAAAAAAGGCUGUUGCCUAGCAAACGAGAAUUAGGGAUGCGUUUGCGACAAAGAAUAACAAGACCGAAGAAAACGACAAUGAAAUGACACAGAGAGGGCAACUUAUGGCAGUCGUUACUGACUAUUGAUUAGAUACGUAAAACUCAACUAUGUUCAUUACAUGAACUGCUAGUACUCUACAACUGUAACUAGAUGUGAGUUACAGCAAGCACAUUUGCGCACAUGGGUUUGACUUUCCACUGAUGAUAGAACUUGCAUUUUUGAGUACACGGUUAUUACACUAUAGUUGAACAGGUUGAAAGGUGCUCAAAAUGACGGG